AUUUUCUUUAAAACACCGGCGCAUUUUAUUCCAGCUUUGGGAUUUCAAAGGUGGAGGUCAGGCACCCUUCAAGACGGAUUUAGUUACGCUGGUGUGGACAGAAAAAAGGAAAGGGAGUAGGAGAGAGAGAGAAAAACAGAAUGACAACAGGUUUUCCCAUCUAACAGAAGAAUAUCAAGAAAGGAAGAGGAAAUCAGGUAUAGAGGGCAGCAGGUUUCGGGGGAGUCCCACAUAAAAGAGGGCAGUGAUUACUUUACCCAUAAGCCUCUAAGAACAUGAUGCAGAAACCCACUGAUUUAACAGAGGAAAGCUCCAGACCUUUGAAUCCCAGCCAAGGGGUUCCAGUUCCAGUUCCAGUUCCAGUUCCCAUUAGCGUUCCUGUUCGAGUUCCACGUCCAGGUCACCACAGAAAGCCCAUGUCGGUCCCGAAACCUCAGGCAGGCAAGGCGUCGAAGAGGAGGAAAAUAUUGCUGAUUACUGUGACAGUUGUAGUUCUACUGGGCACACUGGCCACAAUAGCAUAUUUUGUUAAACAGCUCAUUGAAUCCAAGUACUUCUUCUGCUCGAAAUCAUUGAAGUUCAUUCCACUCGAGCUAACCUGUGACGGGAAGAAAGACUGCAGUGGGGGAGAAGAUGAACUCAAUUGUUUAUCUAAUUACAAAGAAAACAGUACAUUUCCAGUGCGCCUCUUUUCAGUUCAGAAUAUCCUCCAAGUGUACACGMCGAGUUCAGGUUGGCAGAGCGUGUGCGGUGAUGACUGGACUUCGCAACACACACAGACCGCUUGUACACAACUGGGAUACACAAAUAAACCCAGAAGCAUCAAUGUCCCAGUGAGCAAUUUAUCUUUGACCGGACCUUUCAGUGCUGUCAGACCUGGGACUACGAGCACACCUAUACAGGAGGCUACAUUUGAUAUCAAACAGUGCAAAACAGGAUCUGUGAUCUCUUUGACUUGUUCAGACUGUGGACAGGUGGGCGCUCAGGACCGUAUCGUUGGGGGCAUAGAUGCUGACAUCAAGCACUGGCCCUGGCAGGUCAGCCUGCAGCAAAAUGGCCAUCAUACGUGUGGAGGUUCACUGGUGUCGCCCCGCUGGGUCGCCACCGCUGCCCACUGCUUCCCUGAAAAUAAAAGGGAGCUGAGUCGGUGGAGAGUGAUGUCAGGACAGACGUACAUGAGCUCUGGGGGUUCCUCGGUGGACAGGAUCAUAAUAAAUGGGAGAUAUGACGCAGACAGAAGCGACUUCGAUAUUGCACUGAUGAGACUGGGCAGCCCAAUCUCAGUGGGAGAAAAACAAAGGCCAGUGUGUCUUCCUCCAAAAAACCUCAACAUGGCUGACAAUGCCCCGUUGGUUGUGACAGGCUGGGGAUUACUGGAAGAAAAUGGUAAGACCCCUACCACACUGCAGCAAGCUGAUAUCAAUCUGAUCAGCUGGAGUACAUGUUCCAGCCCAAGCAUCUACGGUAGUGCCAUAACAUCAAGAAUGAUCUGCGCUGGUAAUUUGAGAGGAGGUGUGGACGCCUGCCAGGGGGAUAGUGGGGGCCCUUUGGUGUACGACUCAGGCGUUCAGUGGAAUCUGGUUGGAGCUGUGAGCUGGGGUGUCGGCUGCGCAGAGAGAAACAGACCCGGCGUUUACACCAACAUAGACGAGAUGCUCAACUGGAUUUAUACAGUCAUUGAGAAAAACCCUUGAUGUUGUGAACUGUGACCAAAACCAUCACAGGACUCCAGUCCAGUCAACAUCAGACUGUGAAACUGAGAGCGAGCUUUUGUUUUAGCAUAGUUGUUUUUUAAAGAUAACAGAACUCUGGAAAAAGUGGAAGUUUGGUGGCAAAAACAAACAGUCAGCAGCUAUAAACACUGCACAUGUACAGACGUAUUACAGGUGUUCUUUGUGCGAUUUCAAUUUCUUAUCUCAGGGGACAAGUUUAUUUAUCUGGCACUGGCCACUUGAGGUUCAGAUUGCAGAAGUGAACUUGUUUUUAACUUUUUGUUUGUUUUUUAAAUGCCGUAACUCAACCUCAAAAUCUUUUAAUACUUCACAAGAAUAACUAAAAGCCUUGUCACAGUUUUAGACAAUUCAUGCCAACUUAGGAAAAUUGUGUCCAACACUACAGACAACUACGCUGAAGAUGGAACAAAAAAGAGCUAAGCCUCUUUUAGACAUAUACUGUACAUAGUGUAACACUAACAAUUGGAUCAAAUAUAUAAACUAUGAGUAAUUUAGUUAUGACAAACUUUCCUAGUUGGCAUAAGUUGUGUAAACAUUUAUAACGCAACAGGGCUGUAAGAAAGAAAUACCUCUUUCUUUCUGCAGAAUUAUUUAUAUCAGCACUUUAAGUGGGUAUGUUACUUGAUGUGAAGAUGGGUCAGUUACUGACUUCCAAUGUAAUGUAUCACUUUCAAAAAACUCAUGUUCAAUGGAGUUUUUUCCCCUCGUCAGUUAAAAGAACAAUUCAGCCACAAUGUUAAAAAUUUCUGCACUUAAUCAAAUGUUGAAGUGAUUCCAGCUGAAGCAAAGUAAAUUUAAUGAACAUGUUGACUCCUUCACAAAAUCGAAUCAAGUUUGACUUGAUAUUCUGCACUGAAAUAUUACUUUUUUUGUAAAUAAGUUUGAAUGAAUUUUAUAGUUUCAAUGAAAUGUGUCUUGGUGGUUUAAUUUAAUAACUAAUUUUAAAUGCAAUAAAGUUCUUACAGUACCAUU